GGGCCAGUGCAGGCACGCGCAAACUUAAAUUGCGUUAUGCGGCCAGCUGUCCUGAACUCGAUCCAGAUGACACAACAGUAAAUGGUCCCGCGAUCCACGCCCGCUGGGAGCUGAGCAGCACACCGCCGUGUCUGCUCCACUCAGUGGCUUCUCUCUCUGAUGGGCUCUGAGGAGCGCCAAGAGAAAAAACAAACGGUCCUCUGAGCUACAAUUGUGUUGUUAUUGACCGGCGGUGAAGAAGCGGGUCGAUAAGUGGAUCGGAUUUAUUAGCUCUCCAGAUUGGCUACACAAAUGUCAGAGGAGCCACAGUCCUCGGGACUGCACAGCGCGCAUCUCAUUUAGACGAAAGGAGCGCCAGACGGCGUGUCUACAACAAGUGCGGCGCAAUUUCGAGCUGAAGGAAAAGUAACCCAGCAGCAUGGACCUGGAGAAUAUUGCAGUUACCUUUCUCAUCCUUCUGAGUGCUGCAUGGGCCUCAUCUCAUCACUCCUAUAUGGACAGCAUCCUCUCAGCCCGCUCAGCCUUCAGGUUCCUGGCUGAGCCGAUGAGGUUUGACCCCUGUUGUCUCAUGUCACCUCCUCCACCACCACUCUUCCCUCCUCCGCCUCAGCUUUGGAAGAGGGGCAGCCCUGACAGCAACAGCCUGUUGGAGCCGAGUGUUUUCGGAGGGGAGGCGCAGAUAAAACCAAAGCCUGUGAUACCAGGAUGUCCGCCUGGACCUCCGGGACCUCCGGGUCCGCCUGGCCCAGAGGGUCAUGGUGGAUUGCCCGGCAUAAGAGGACCAAAGGGAGAGAAGGGAGAAAUUGGACGUCCAGGGUUAAAGGGUCGUACUGGAGCCCCAGGCCUGCCAGGCAAACAAGGACUUCCAGGAUGGCCUGGCCCACAGGGGCCCAAGGGUGAGAAAGGGGACCCUGGACUCAUGGGCUUACCAGGACUGAGAGGACCACCUGGAAUAAAGGGUUUACGUGGUUACAAAGGGGAGAAGGGAGCUCGAGGCGAUCCUGGACCAGUAGGCCUAAAAGGCGAUAAGGGUUCAAUUGGUUUGCCUGGGAUGCUUGGACAGAAGGGUGAGAAAGGACCAAAGGGAGAGCCAGGAACAACAGGGAAGAGAGGACCAACUGGGCGUCCGGGGAAGAGAGGCAAACAGGGUAUGAAGGGCCAGACUGGGGCCACUGGAUUGAUGGGCCCUCCUGGACCUCCAGGUCCUACUGGCCACCCUGGGCCACCUGGUCCUCCUGCAUCAGGUCUCUAUCUAGUAGGGGAAAAGGGGGAGAAGGGUCUUCCUGGUCCACCGGGUCACUGUAACUGUGAAGGUGCUCUCGGACCAAAUAAUGCUCCUUUUGGAAGUUACACACAGCGGCGGGGUGGAAAUAAAGUCACAGCGAUAUUUGUGGUAAACAGUGAGGAGGAGAUGGACCAUCUACAACAAGAGAAUGCAAUAGCAUUCAGGAAGGAUCAGAGGAUGCUUUAUUUUAAAGACAAAGAUGGAUGGAAGCCCAUACAGCCCUUCCAGCCAUACCAGUCUACUGAGAAAGUCCCCGACAGAGUUGGUGUGUGUGGAGAUGGAAAGGUGCAAGCCCAGCACGGAGAGGAGUGUGAUGAUGGAAACCAGAUUGUCACCGAUUCUUGCCUCAACUGUAAGUGGGCCUACUGUGGAGAUGGCUACAGACACGAAGGAAUAGAGGAGUGCGAUGGAAAGGACUUUGGUUACCAGACCUGCAAGUCUUAUCUCCCUGGGUCCUUUGGGCAUCUCAAAUGCACCGACUCAUGCCUCAUUGAUUCUACUGGCUGCAAGUACUUCACCUGAAUUCGGAGGUUUGAAAACCGCCUCAGUGGAUCUUUGCAAAUCCUCUUGAUGAUCAUUGUGAUCAAAGGGAUUGUACUUCAGAUUUCAACUGAAGUCUCACCACUUUAAAAAAAAAAAAUAAAUAAAUAACCGACAGACUGAGAAAGAGUAGUUAAGGGAAGCUCUUGUGCCUGUUCUGAGCCACGAAAGGUCACGGGAGGUGUAAUCUCUAACUGACCUCAGAGAACAGCUCUUUGCUAGUGUCACUUCAUCGGCUGCAGCACUGUUACGGACACUGGAACUGUUGGGAAACCUUUUAAUGAUUUCAUGUUUGUAUCAUACAAAAUAGUUGUGUAUGACUUGCUGACUGUUAAUGCAGAAAUAAGCUGUGUUAUAAAGCACUUUUUAAUAUGAAAAAGCUAUAGAGAUAUAUGUACUGUAGUAUACAAAUCAGGGGUGUGUAAGUGUGUUUAUUCCUGUGCAAUAUAUUACAAAAAAAUGCAGUAUAUUGAUGAAGUGCAAUGCUGUCAUAUUGCAUGUAAAUGUGUUUUUUUAGUGCACGACAGACCGCUUUAACCAAUGCUGUAAAUAUCCAAGCCAAAGUGAGGCCUUUUAGAAAUGAAUGUCCAAAUAACUCAGAUGGAAGAGAUGGGAAAAAAUGAAUGUCAUCCAAAAAAGGAUAAUCUUUGAUUAUUGCAGCAGCAUGUGGGGGAUACAUCAAAUCAUUCAUUAAAUUGUUAUUAGCUGAUAAUCUGCCUGCAUGACUGUACGUUUCAUGAAGCACUGUACACUAAUAAAGAUUCAUUCAGA